ACGAGCAUUUAUAUUUUCAAAACAGGCGCGUGAGUCUCCCCGAAUGCGAAGGCUCCGAUCUCUGCCGGGCGACGCUCCGGAGUGUAAACAAGGGCGCCACAAGACUUGCAAAUUUCUGUGGAUGUAGUGACUUGGCAUAGACAGAAAAAUGGCUGCUGCAGUCUCCCUCAACAGUGAUCUGGUGACAAGAUCAGUCAACUUCCAUGGUCAUGCUCUUCUCAAACAACUUACGACUGACCACCCAAAAGAUAUUGCUAAACUAGAUCUAAAAGAGGUUAAUUAUGCUGCCUACAAAGCUCAUCUUUUAGAAUUUUGCAAUGAACGUAAAAUGCACACAAAGGAGCUCCAUGAUUUCAUUAGUAAGAAGGCUGAGCAUAUAUUUGUCUCCAGUGAGUUAUACCCAUGGGUGGAGGAAGAUAUGGAUGAAUAUGGAGUAAAAG